CCCGCCGUUCCUUUCGCAUUUUGUCGGUAAAACUUAGUUAUUCCGACCACCAGAAAAAUGAAGCUCCCGUAUCCAAACAGCGGCGGCGGCCCGUCAGUUGCGUGGAGGAGCUCUUCCAUCGUAUCCGUCCAGCUAGGGUUUUGCUUCUCCAACAAUUUCAAUGGAGUUUUGAUUCCUCCUGUCUCUACACACUACCUGCCCCGCCAGAAUUUGCGCAUUUCAUGCUCCUCCCCAUCUUCUUCACCUGAUCCUCUCUUGGUUAAGGCUGCAAGGGGUGAAGCUGUUUCGAGGCCUCCAGCAUGGAUGAUGCGCCAGGCAGGGAGGUAUAUGGCUGUGUACAGAAAGCUAGCCGAGAAAUACCCAUCCUUCAGGGAGAGGUCGGAGACAACUGAACUCAUUGUGGAAAUUUCUUUGCAGCCCUGGGAAGCUUUCCGCCCAGAUGGUGUCAUUAUUUUCUCUGACAUACUUACGCCGCUACCGGCAUUUGGUGUGUCAUUUGACAUAGAAGACGUGAGGGGUCCUGUUAUUCAGUCUCCGAUUCGUUCCGAGGAGCAUUUGAAGACCUUGCAUCCUAUUGAACUUGAGAAGCUACAGUUCGUUGGGGACUCGCUUAGAUUACUUCGCAAUGAGGUUGAAGGGAAAGCAGCUGUUCUGGGUUUUGUGGGAUCACCUUGGACAAUUGGUACCUAUAUAGUGGAAGGGGGUACGACUCGCACGUAUACAGCAAUAAAGAGCAUGUGUCAUACAGCACCAGAUGUAUUGAGGGCUCUCCUCGCUCAUUUGACCAAGGCAAUCGCUGAUUAUGCUGUUUAUCAAGUGGAAUCGGGGGCUCAUUGCAUUCAGAUAUUUGAUUCUUGGGGUGGCCAACUAUCUCCUGCUAUGUGGGAGAUCUGGUCAAAACCUUUCAUCAAAGAGAUAGUCAGUACAGUCAAGAGCAAAUGUCCUGGCACACCCCUUGUUCUUUACAUCAAUGGAAAUGGUGGCCUGCUUGAGCGGAUGAAAGAUAUUGGAGUUGAUGUGAUUGGACUUGACUGGACAGUGGACAUGGCAGAUGGUAGGAAGCGGCUGGGGAAUGGAAUGAGCGUUCAAGGAAAUGUCGACCCUGCUUACUUAUUUUUGCCACUCCCUGCUAUUACUGAUGAAAUUCACAGAGUGGUGAACUGCGCUGGACCAAGAGGGCACAUUCUGAACCUAGGACAUGGUGUUCUUGUUGGGACGCCUGAAGAAGCCGUUGCACAUUUCUUCGAUGUUAGUAAAAGCCUCAACUUUUCUGCUCCUGUAGAAGAUCGCCGUGUGGCUGCAGCGACCUAG